AUGUCAGCCCUGAAAAUUACUUCAGUGCUUUCCAAAUUCCUUACUGCCAGAGGGACAACUACAAGCAGCGCUGCUGGGAGCCCCCGUGCUUUUGUCACUGCCACUUCUAGACCACUGCAGGCCAAAAAGGAUGAAGAGACCGCAGAAGCAUGCAAGGGUGUAACAGAGGCAGCAGAAUCAGUUAAAGAAGGUGCAAGAUCAGUGAAGAAUGCUGCUGAAACUGUUACAAAUAUGACCAAGGAGGUGACAGAAAAAGUAUCUGAAACUGCAGAAACCAUCACAGACAAGGUUGCUUCAGUAAUCAAGGACAAAAUAGUUGGCAUGUAG